AGUUGUAGUUGUAAUCCACAAGAAACUCAAAUCAAAACGCACACACAAUUCAAUUCUCGUCUCAUCUCAUACCAUACCCCUGUAAGGCUGUAAGGUGUAAGUGUGUUCAGCGAGAUGCGAGCUUCUUCUUGACCUCGACGUAGAUCCAUGGCCGGCACCGGAGGCAGCCCUCUGCUCCGCUCUCCCUCUCCGGUGAUGAACACCAUGCCGACGCCGCCCUCCGCCGCGGUGUUCGACGUCGAGGCCGCGUCCGGCGCUCGCCGCCUUGGCAUCAAGCCCGCCGCCGACGCCGGCGCCGCCUUCGUGCUCGAGUCCAAAGGGAAGUGGUGGCACGCCGGGUUCCACCUGACGACGGCGAUCGUGGGGCCGACGGUGCUGACGCUCCCGUACGCGCUGCGGGGGAUGGGGUGGGCGCUCGGCCUGGUGGCGCUCACCGCCGUCGCCGCCGUCACCUUCUACGCCUACUACCUCAUGUCCAGGGUCCUCGACCACUGCGAGGCCCACGGCCGCCGCCACAUCCGCUUCCGCGAGCUCGCCGCCGACGUCCUCGGAUCUGGAUGGGUGUUCUACUUGGUGGUCACCGUGCAAACUGCCAUCAACGCCGGUAUUACCAUCGGGAGCAUCCUUCUUGCGGCUGACUGCUUACAAAUAAUGUACUCGGACCUUGCACCAAAUGGACCCCUGAAACUGUACCAUUUCAUCAUCGUCGUCGCUGUGGUUCUGUCCUUGCUCUCCCAGCUGCCGUCGUUCCACUCCCUGCGUUACAUCAACCUCGGCUCGCUCCUCCUCAGCUUCGGCUACACCAUCCUUGUCUCAGCUGCCUGCAUCCGAGCAGGUGCUUUGAGCGAUGUCCCGGAGAAGGAUUACUCCCUGAGCUCAUCCAAUUCGGAGAAGACCUUCAAUGCGUUCCUCUCCAUUUCCAUCCUCGCCUCCGUCUUCGGCAAUGGCAUUCUGCCUGAAAUCCAGGCGACGCUGGCGCCGCCGGCGGCCGGGAAGAUGAUGAAGGCGCUGGUGCUGUGCUACACGGUGGUGUUGUUCACCUUCUACUUGCCGGCGAUCACCGGCUACUGGGCGUUCGGCAGCCAGGUGCAGUCCAACGUCCUGCAGAGCCUCAUGCCGGACAAGGGCCCUUCCCUGGCGCCGACGUGGCUGCUCGGCCUCGCCGUCGUGCUCGUCCUCCUCCAGCUGCUCGCCAUCGCGCUCGUCUACUCCCAGGUGGCGUACGAGAUCAUGGAGAAGAGCUCGGCCGACGCGGCGCGCGGCCGGUUCUCGCGGCGGAACGUGGCGCCCCGGGUGGCGCUCCGGACGGCGUACGUCGCGGCGUGCGCGUUCGUGGCCGCGAUGCUGCCCUUCUUCGGCGACAUCGUCGGCGUCGUCGGCGCCGUCGGCUUCAUCCCGCUCGACUUCGUGCUCCCCGUCGUCAUGUACAACAUGGCGCUCGCACCGCCGAGGCGGUCGCCGGUGUACCUCGCCAACGUCGCCAUCAUGGUCGUCUUCACCGGCGUCGGCCUCAUCGGCGCCGUCGCCUCCGUACGGAAGCUCGUGCUCGACGCCGGCCAGUUCAAGCUCUUCAGCGGCAACGUCGUGGACUGAAAUGGACCUAACGAAUAGCGAUAGUGCUUGGUUUUUGGCGCCUUUUUGACUAUUGACAUUUGUAUUCAUUAGGUUUCACAAAAAAAAAACAUUGUAAAAGAGAAAGAGGAAAAAUCAUCGAUUCAUGAAGAAAAAGAAAAGGCCAAAAAACGUAAAGACGCGUGUGCUGAAGAAAGUUCACUAAGGUGUUGUGUUGUAAAUUUCAUGAACACUGGUGAAAAUUCCAGAUUCGAACAAAUUA